CCAUGAUGUUCGGCUCCAUCUGCCGGCGGCGGCUCCUCUUCCGAAUCCAUCAAAUCCCUGGAGGUGGAGGUGGCGGCGGCGGCGGCGGCGGCGGCACAAAUCCCCUCCAGUCCAUCCCUCCCGCCCGCAACAGCUACUCCUCGUCCGCCGUCGCCGAUGUCUCCAACUCGGAGCCCUGCCCCGACACCGUUUCCUACCUCAUCUCGUGCGGCCUCUCCCCCACCGCCGCCGCCGCGGCCACCACCGGUCAACGCCUCCGCAUCUGUUCCACCGACAAGGCCGACGCCGUGUGUGCACUCCUCAGGCAUUAUGGCUUCGCCAACGCGGACAUCCUCCGGAUCGUGCGCAGCGCCUCGGUGCUUCUCCUAGUCGACCCCGAAAGGAUCCUCCGUCCCAAGCUCGACUUCUUCGCCUCCCUCGGCUUCAAGCCCCGCAAGCUCGCCACCGCACCUUUCCUCCUCGCGCGCAGCCUCGACAAGCACCUCGUCCCCUCCAUCCAGUUCCUCCGCGGCAUCAUCGGCAGCGACGACCACCUCCGCCAAGCUCUCCACCGCCAACCCCGCACCCUCUCCAGCGACCUCGAGACCAGCAUGCGCCCCGCCGUGGAAGCCCUCCGCCGCGGCGGCCUUACCGAGGCUGCCAUUUCGAAGCUCCUCGUCAUCAACCUGUGCGUGCUCAGGUUGUCGCCGGAUCGGAUAAGCAAAGUCUUCGAGGACCUCAAGGAGAUCGGUAUGUGCAUCGCGGACUCGCGAUCCCUCUACUGCUUCGGUGUGAUGUGCACCCUCAAGAGAGAGACGUGGCUUCGAAAGCUGGAACUGUACACAAGCUUCGGGCUGUCGGAGGGCGAGGUGUUCAGCGCCUUCAAGACCCAGCCCACCAUGCUGGCUUUGGCCGAUGACAACAUAGAAAAGAAGGUCCGGUUCUUGCUGGACGAGCUCAAGCUUGGAAUACAUGCUAUAAUGUCGCGGCCUGUGAUUCUAUGUUAUAGCUUGGACAAGUGCAUCCUGCCGAGGUGCGCCGUGCUGAGCGUGCUGAUGAGGGAGGGGAGGAUCCAGAGAGAAAUCAAAUUGCCUCAGGCGUUGCUCGGUACUUCCAGGGAAUUCUCGACCAAAUACGUAUUGAAGCAUGCCGAUGAGAUUCCAGAUGUUGUUAAGGCAUACGAGGGUCUGUUGAAGCCAUUUCCAAGUUCGAGCUUGUUGUUCCGUGGAUAAAUUGGUUUAUCUGGGUUGAAUGAACUUGGUUUGAAAUGUUCAUCUGUUUUGUGUCCAGUAAGUAAUACUACAUCUGGAAAUGUUAGUAUGCAGCAAUGUCCCUUUUGCUGGACAUUGACACUUCCCCUUGAAGUUGAUGGAUGGUCAGACUCAUAGUGGAUACAAGGUGAUUGAUUUCUUUGGGUUGCAUUGCAUCAACUGCAUUAGAAAGCAUGUUAUGUGUAAAAUAUAGAAACUUUAGUUAUUAACAUCAGGAAAGCCUGCAAAGCUUAUCAA